GGUGUCACGUGACCCACGCUAACCGCCAUCUUUCUUCAUCGUAUAAACAGUGCGACCGGGCGUUGCGCGAAUUCUCGCCGUGGAACCGUGGAUUUCCCAGUGUUUUUGAGUGAUUCGCACGCGAAGAGAUGUCCGACGCCAAGACGGAGACGAAGAACGACAACAACGUCGAGGAUACGUCCAAGGAACAGUCGACGGAGGAGAAACCGACCCCGACGAAAAACAAACGAAGCGGCACCAAGAGACUCUCUACUCUGGAAAGGACCGCCCAAGAAGGCGAGGCGAUUUUAAAGGGCAUGAACAAGUCCGGUCCAGUCGGUGAAGUGGAAGGCAGAAGACGCACCCGCAGUUCAGCCAGAGGCCUAACUUCGACAACUACGCCAGUGCCAUCGCCCCCCAAAAAGGAGAAGAGGGAAACAUCGACGAAGGGCGGCGGUGCACGCGGACGUGGCCGUCCCAAGAGACAAGAGAAGAACAAUGAAAACAACACCGAUGAAGAAACGUCCAACAACAAAAGCGAAAAGCACACGGAAGAGGAAUCUACAAAGAUGGAAGUAGACGAGGAGAAAGACGAGGGAAAGGAUGAGAAGGACAGCAAGGCGAUACAGAAUGAAGACAAAAAUGCGGAGGCCGUGGACAGUAAAGACAGUAAAGACGCUGAGAAAACGUCCGAGACCAAUUCCAAGGACGAGAAGGUAACGGUGGAGGCUGAGAACUUGGAUGAAGCUAAGAGCACCUCUCCCAGCGAAGAAAAGAAGCAAGAGGAGGUAAAGGACAGCUCGGACUCGAGUCAAGAUGCGACGGACACAGCGGCAGAAGCGCCACCUUUAUCCUCAUCGGAUUCCCAAAAUCCCUCCAACACUGUUACUACCGAGGAAAAUAAGGAAUAACCUCCCUUCGCCUGUUUUACCACUACUUUUAUGAGGUACCAAGGCGGCGCACAUAUUGGGGUCACACAAAUCCAGUCCCCCUCGUCUAUUUUAACUAAUUAACACCUUCUUGUCGAUCGUUGCUUCAAUCAGCGCAUUUAAAGUUUUGUUUUUAUUUUACAUGAUAAAGAUGUUUACAAAAACGUAGAAUCUAUUGUACUGGCGUAAAUUAGAGCUAAAUUGAAAUUAACUCAAUUUAUCUCUACCUAUAUUAUAUAUAUCAUAUAUAUAUAUACAUAGAUAUAUAUAUGUAU